AAUCGUUUAUCGUUUCCCUAAAACCUACGUGUGAUUUAUUCGCCAUCACCGACUCAUCGCCGGCGUAUUCUCGAUGGCAUUCCACCACCGUCCGGCGUAUUCUCCGAUGGCACGCAACCGUAGAACAAGUGACGAAGGUGAAGACGGAGAACCUCAAGCGCCAGAGGAAGGAGAAAUUAUUGACAAUGUUCCUGUGAAUGCUAGUUACGUAAUUGAAUUGGAUUCUAAACCACGCAAGGAUCAAGUAAGUCGAAAGGAUAAGAGCAGCAAUGAUUACUAUGCGAGUGAUUUGCAGGUUGAAAGAAAAUCCGGGAAGAGGCAUAGGGUCUCAUCUUCUCAGGAUGAAGUUAAUGAGUCACAUAGAGGAAUAUGGCAAUCCGAAAGCAUUUUGGAGGAGUAUGCAUAUGAGAUGGAAAGGGAAGUAUAUACAAGUAACUUGGAUGAUGAUAUAACUGGACAUUUCAGGGACUAUCACCAUGGAUAUCGGAAAUCCUCGAAGGAGCAUAAAUCUAGUUACAGCAGAGGCAUGCGAGAGAAAGAUAGGCAGCGAGAGUUGGAAAGGGAAAGGGAAAGGGAAAGGGAGAGGGAAAGGGAAAGAGAGAGAGAUAGAGACAGAGAGAGAGGGAGAGAGAGGAAAAGAGAGAAAGCUCAAUAUGAAGAACAAAAAUAUGAGAGGGAGAGGGAGGAGAGAGGAAGGAGGAAGAGGGACAGGGAAAACAGAGGACCAAGUAGGGAGGAUAGGGAUAGAUACAAUGAUAGGUCCAGUGGGCAGCGGAGAUUUGAUGACGAUGGUCAUGCUUACCAUAGACAUUAUGAGACUGACAAUGAGAGAGACGGGGCAGCUAAUCUCCUAAAAUUUGAAAAGCAAAAAACUCAACCUAAAAGGAAUUGGUAA